CACACUUUAUAAAGCUCAUAAACUUGUAGGCUGAUGUGCAGCUACUACUUUGGAUUCCUUAUUGCAGCUUCCUUCAGCACAAAACCACAAGGCUGAACGUAGAACCUGCUCUUUGGAACUGAGCAUUUAUCACUGUGAGACAUGAAGAACUUCCUGUUUUUCACCAUCCUCCUGGUACCAGUGCACAUCGGAACUGCUUGGAGUGCAAAAUAUGCAGUAGAUUGCCCCGAAUCUUGUGACAGUAAUGUGUGUAAAAGUACUUUGCGCUGUAAGCGAACAGUGCUUGAUGACUGUGGCUGUUGCAAAGUCUGUGCAGCAGCCUUGGGGGAGACUUGCUACCGCACUGUCUCAGGUAUGGAUGGUGUCAAAUGUGGGCCUGGGCUGAAGUGCCAGUUUUACACUGAGGAGGAUGACUUUGGUGAUGAAUUUGGUAUCUGCAAAGAGUGUCCUUAUGGUACUUAUGGAAUGGAAUGCAGAAAAACUUGUAACUGCCAGUCUGGUAUAUGCGACAGAGUAACUGGAAAGUGUUUGAAGUUCCCAUUUUUCCAACUUUCUGUUUCAAAGCCACCAAACAGACGAAAAUUAGUAUCACAUACAGAGAAUGACAUGGCAUCGGGGGACGGUAACUCUGUAAAGGAGGAAUUUGUCAAAGAGAAAGUAAUUAGCUCUCCAGUAAUGAAAUGGUUAAAUCCUCGCUGAUAUUUACUUACAUUGGUAGGACUUUCAAAUGACCGCAUUUCUCACACAUUAUUGAAUACGCAACAACACACUUUAAAAACAAAGUGCAUCUAUAGCAUAUGAAAAUGUAACCUCUGAAGACCAAUUGUGAUUGUCUGCAUCGUCAGAAAAAAUGUUUACUUACAAAAUAGACUGUACAGUUUAUAUAAUUUUUGAUACUUGUUUUGAGAAGUAUUUGAACAUGAAAAUGUAUCAUGGAUGGCUGAAUGUAUAGUAAUAUUGAAAACCAACACUUCCCCCCACUGGCAUUUGAACGAUGUGUAAGGGCCCGUUCCUGCAUUCCCCAUGCAAGGAAAUUCCUGUUGAAUUCAAUGGAUAUUUUGUGUGAGUAAAAGCUGCUGACGUGGAGCCAACGUUAGGGUGAUGCAAGUUGACAAAAGCUUGGAAAUGCAAAGUUAAAAAGUGAUGCCCUUGAGUCACCGCAGCAAGAAUAAUACUACUGGAAAGGGCACAACGGUGUGAAUUCAAUAAAUCCACCUUAACUUUGAAUA